CAUCCCAUCAUCCACGCCUUUACGCCACCAUAGCUCAUCAUGGAUCGCCCGGCAAGUCUUGGAGAAGAUAUCGAUACUGACCGCGGGUAUGAUUCGAGGAAACCCUUGGUUGAAAUUGGAAAAGGCCAGUGCGGCACCGUCUUCGCCCUCCCUGGCUCUAUCCCCUCUGGGUUCGCUGCCGUCGCGAAAAUCCCCAACGCUGAAGAGAAGUUCGAGCAGCUGUUGAACGAUUGCUGUGAUCCUGCCCUCGCCAAAGACAUCAACAUCCCGCGCGUCGCCACAUGCUACCAUGGUCGUCUCCACACUCAUGAAUUCGCUUUGGUCUCGGCAAGAGUCUUCGCCGUUCCCAUGUCCUUUCGUCACGCUAUUGUGGACAGCCUCUGCCCUCCCGCCAUCCGAGAGACGAAGCAGGAGUUUCUGGCCAUGCCAGUGAACCAGAACUGCCUGGUUCGAAUUUAUCUCGGCCGUCGAGAAUCAAAUAAGAACCAGACCAAGCUUGGAAACUUCAAGCUUCAAAACUUUCCACUCCACGCCGGCGUCGAUGGCAACGACGUGGAGUUUAUCCUUGGGCGCUCGCCUGAUGAAGUGGCCGCUGCUGAGAGGGAAGCCAGUCUCGAUGAGAAUGAACACGCUUUGGCCCAACCUCAUCAGUCUCCAGCAGAUACCCGAGGGGUCAGUGUUUGGCUCAUCGACUUCAACCUCUGCUCCACAUUCGAGGAUAACUCUGCCGGGCUCAAGAAGAUCGUCGACGCCUUCUUCUGGAACGACCCAUACUAUCCCGAUCCAUCUUCGGAUGUGGAUGGAGACAAGAAGCUCUGGGCGGCUUUCAAGGAGCGGUAUCUCGAGGUCAGUCGUCAAAUCACCAACAGUGCGACGCCCGAGCGCUUCAUCGCCGAGAUCGAAGCCAAGUGUCGCAAGGCAUCCGUGGGAGGGUUGUUUUAAGUAGGAUCGCACGUUGCCAUGAAGCCGCCUCGACUGCGUAAAGUUGCUGCAGGGGGUACGCCCGAUAUUGGAACAAUAAUAUCCCGUACAUGUACUUUAACAAAAGAGAACCUCACGCCAUCCCCUAUAUUUUGUUGCCGUUGUUAGUCAAUAGACUCAAUACUAUGACGACUGGUCCUAAUUUCCGAUCAGAACUGUUACUCAGUACCUGCAUGCUGCUCCCAGCCUGCCCAUAGAUGCACCCACUAGGAAGUACCCACUAACAGCAUUUAUCGAGCAUUACGUAGUGAUUUAAUCAGUACCCCAGAUUUCAGAAGAGGUUCG